AUGUUAGACGAGAACCUCCCCACCUUCUUUCUCAAGGCCUCGACCGACAAGCUCAAGCACCACGAAUCCUUCUACUUUACCCAGAACGGCUCCGAGCCCGAGGCGCAAUAUGCCCUGCACCACGUUGACCCAGCCUCCAACGAUGCGAAGAACACAUACGCCGUCGCCUUGUUCGACUCGCGUAACCCCGAGGUUCUAUACGGCGAAGUGCUUGCGAAGCCAGGAUGGUCACACCCAACACUCUCACAGGAGGAGAUUCGAAGGAAUGGCGGAGUGCCGCCCCCACCCCAGCCCAUCUACCCCACCGAAUUCGCUAUCCAACUCUACAACCCCGAUUCCCGCGUUGUCGUUAAGCACUCGACUGCAAAAUGGAGCAGCACCGUAAGCUGGGAGUUCAGCAUACCCCAGGUCACCUUCAGGACCCCGAGCAACUCAACUCUCGAUCGUAGCCUGGCGGACCCCGGCAGCGACGCGAACACGCCCAAAGUCAACUUUGCCUGGCGGAAGGAGGGCAGGCUGGGCAAAGACAUGACCUGCUACAUGACGGGCAAAUCGACCGAUCCGACUGGCAAGAAGGUCAAGAAGAGCAAGGAACCGGACAUUGCUGUUGCUCUGUUCUCUGGCCUGAAGGAGCUCACAAUCAUGGAGUCCAACCUCUACCGCGUCGAGAUCGAGGACUACAAAGGUCUCGAGGUAGCUCUGCUCAUUGGGGCCGCGGUGAUACGCGAUCUGUUCUUCAGCGAUCUGAACGACCAGUUCCACAUCAACGCCAACAUUCGAAAGAACAGCGCGGGCGUGCGCGCAAGGAAAGGCUCGUCGCCGCUCGAAGGCCCGAACAUCACAGCACCAGUCAUGACACCACAGCCUCCUCCACCGCCAGCCUACACCCCUUCAUCCUCGCAAUACCCACCCGAGAAGGUUGCCCUUCAGCCUGCCGGCGGUGCUGGCGCGAACGCACAGGUACCUCCACCUUCGUAUACCAGCAACAACAAUGCCGCCAAGCGCUCUUCGCUUCCUCCGCUAGCUACGAACCAGGCCCGUCCCAGCCAGCCUCCACAACCCGUCCAACCUCAGCGACCUGUUCAACAGCAGCGCCCGCCUCAACCACAGCGCCCAACACAACAACGGCAGCCGGGGCCAAGAUUAGAUCCACGAGCACAAUGGGAGCUUGACGCAGAGACUGCGCGCUUGAAGGCACAAGUGGAGGCUGAGGCACGCGAGCAGAAGCGACAGGAAGAAGCAAACCGAAGAGCUCGACGCAGGCAGGAAGAGGAACAAGAACGCAAGACGCUGCAGUUUCUCGAGCAGGAGCGAAAGCAGAAGGAACGCGAAGAGAAGGAGCGACGCCGGAAGCAAGCCGAGAUCGACAAGGAGACGGAACGUUUGAAGAAGCAGUUUGGCGACCAAUCCAACCUCCUCCAGCGCCCCGCCCCACAGCCUCAGCGACACUCCGCCCCCCUCGUACAGGGCGGAUGGCAGAACCAGCGACCGAGUCCCGCACCCCGCCCUGCACCCGUUCCCGCACAGCCCCCGCGCAUGCAGCAACCCCAAGGUGUAUACCUGCAGACGCCUGUACAACAUCGGCCCGCCGCUAGUCAGAGCAGCUUCUUCAGCAACGGACUGCCGAAGCCUGUUGCCAAGGCUAAAAAGAGUUUCUGGGGCUUGAGAACACAAAGUGAGAGCAAUGCCGAGAAGAUCAAGAAGAAGAAAAGUAGCAUGUUUUGA